UUCUUGCGGAGCUAUGCAUCCGCUUUGCGCACUCUCCCGUUUUCUCCUCACUUUUUCAAUGUAUAGGCCCGUAUUGAUCAUCUCCGCCCUGACCUAGGUCAUGAUUCAUUUUUCACUAUUCUGAUAUGCUAAUCAAAAUCCUCAAUAACGGUGUUUGCUGGAGCUGAGAGGGAGCUAGAGGGAGAGAGAGAGAGAGAGAGAGAGAGGGGAGAGAUGAGAGGACGCGCAUCAUCAGAUGUUUAGCAGAUUCACUGUCGCUUUUCGCCAUCAUUUCUGCGGUGCGCUUUUUGCUUUUUGCUCCCCUCCGUUGGUCGGGCUCGUGACAUUUUGCGGCUCUCGAUGUUGUAAUCCGGGGGAAUAUGUGAAGAUCAUGCUGGCGGUGUGGUGCUUCAUGGUCUUUGCUGCAGUGGGCGAGAGGCUUGCGGUCUCAGGUGUGGACAGAAGCCCGGUGCAGGAUGGAGGCAUCUGGGACUGGUUUACCCCAGCAGGGCAGCUGGACAGCGGCGACACUGCCACCAAGAUUGUCUAUCCAAAGCGGCUGGUGCAGCAGAUUGAGUCGGAGGAGGAAAUGGCUCAUGACUACCUGGGUACCAGGGUGAAGAACAGCACGGGGGACACUUUGCCUGUCCACUUGGCCCAGAGCUGUUUUCAAGUGGAAGCCUUUGGACACACCUUCACUCUGGAUCUGGAGUUAAACCAUCACCUUCUGUCUUCAGAAUAUGUGGAACGGCACUUUAACCAGGAUGGCAGACCCUCACAGUCAAUGGGAGGGGAGCACUGCUACUACCAGGGAAGACUACGAGGUUUACCAGAGUCCUGGGCAGCUCUCUCCACCUGCCACGGCUUGUGUGGCAUGUUCUCAGACGGGUUUUUUUCUUAUGGGAUUGAGCCCCUUAACAAUGGGAGCAAUCAGGAUGAUGGUGCUCACUUAAUCCGCAGGAUGCCUGAUAUCAGGCUCUCCCCCCACUGCCAAGACUGUACAGAGGACAGUGAGUGGGAUAACAGAGGGGACGAUGGUGAUGAUGACAGAACGGACCAAAUGAAGGAGCAGCAGGUGUCUGGAGGGCUGAGGCGUUCCAAGAGAUAUGUCCGCAAGCCCUCUGUCCAGACUGAGACCAAAUAUAUUGAGUUGAUGGUGGUCAACGACAAUGAAAUGUUUGUACAGGUGCGUAGCUCUAGCAGCCAAACCAAGAACUUUGCCAAAGCAGUGGUCAACAUGGCAGAUGCGAUCUACAAGGAACAGUUGAACACAAGGAUCGUGUUGGUUGCCAUGGAGACCUGGACCUCUAAAAAUAUGAUGCCAGUAGUGGAAGAUCCAUUGAUAACACUGCAGAACUUCAUGAAAUACAGGAAAGACAACAUCAAAGACCAGAGUGAUGUCGUCCAUCUUUUCUCAGGACGUACGUUUCACAGUAGCCGCAGUGGGACUGCCUACACAGGAGGAGUGUGCUCUCUGACAAGGGGAGGAGGCAUCAAUGAGUAUGGGAAUGUAGGCGCAAUGGCCAUCACUUUGUGCCAAAGUCUUGGCCAGAACGUCGGCAUGAGGUGGAACAACAUACGUAACUCUGCAGGAGACUGCAGGUGCCCAGAUGCCUGGCUGGGUUGCAUCAUGGAAGACACAGGAUACUAUCUGCCCAGAAAGUUUUCUCGCUGCAGUGUUGAUGAGUACAUCCAGUUCUUGCUCCAGGGGGGCGGGAGCUGCCUCUUCAACAAGCCAAACAAGCUGCUGGACCCUCCAGAGUGUGGGAAUGGCUUUGUGGAGCCAGGAGAAGAGUGUGAUUGUGGAUCCCAGGUGGAGUGCGCCCGUAGUGGAGGAGCCUGCUGUAAAAAGUGCACACUUACCCAUGAUGCCAUGUGCAGUAAUGGACUCUGCUGCAGUGCCUGCAAGUAUGAGCGGAGAGGCGUGGUGUGUCGAGAGGCGGUGAACGACUGUGAUAUCCCAGAGACCUGCACCGGAGACUCUAGCCAGUGUCCUCAUAAUGUCCACAAGCUGGAUGGCUACAUGUGUGAUAUUAAUCAGGGCCGCUGUUAUGGUGGACGAUGCAGGACUCGUGAUGGACAGUGUAGAGCACUUUGGGGUUUUAAUUCAGCAGACAGGUUUUGUUAUGAGAAGCUGAACGCCGAGGGGACAGAGAAAGGCAACUGUGGUCCGGGUCCUGAAGGCCAGGGCUGGCUGCAGUGCAACAAGCCAGAUGUUUUAUGCGGCUUCCUGUUCUGUGCCAAUGUGACAAUGAAGCCAAAGUUUGGAGACCUGCAAGGUGAGGUGACCAGCUUCACCCUCUACCACCAGAACAAGUACCUGGACUGUAGAGGCGGCCAUGCUCUGUUGGAGGAUGGCUCAGACCUGGGCUAUGUGGAGGACGGCACACCCUGCGGUCCCAACAUGAUGUGUUUGGAGCGACGCUGCCUCCCUGUGGCGGCGUUCAACCUCAGCAGCUGUUCAGGAUCCAACUAUGGGCGCAUCUGUUCAGACCACGGGACCUGCAGUAAUGAGGUGAAGUGUAUCUGUGAUAGGGACUACACAGGGAAGGACUGCAGUGUCUUUGAUCCCAUCCCCGAGCCGACUGUCCCGACGGGCCCAGAGAAGAAAGGUCCCAGUGGCACCAAUAUCAUAAUAGGGUCCAUCGCAGGUGCUAUUCUCCUGGCAGCUAUAGUCCUAGGGGGAACAGGAUGGGGAUUUAAGAACAUUCGGAGAGGAAGAUCUGGCGGAGGAUAAGAUGUCUGUCUGUCUUUCUGUCUGUGUGUCCUGUCUACUCCUGUCUUCCUCCUCGCACUGUGUCGU